UAUUAGUGAUAUUGGUGGACAUGUGAAAACAUUGGAAUAUUACUACAUGUAUUUUUCAGAAAAAUUAGAAUCAGAAAUGAUGACAGAAGAGGAGACAGCUGCUCAUAAUGUGAAUAUUGAGAAAAUCAUGGAAGAUGUCAAAUGCAGGAUUGUAAGGAAAUAUCGUCUUCAUCUAAACUCACAUUGGUUUACAAUACCUCUCGCAAAGGCCAUAUUGGGUUUUCUGGUUCAAAAAAAUGAUGUGGUUGAUUUCAAUGAAAGAUCAAUGACAUAUCAGGAGCUUAGUUCAAUGGGAAUUGUGAACCUGGUUCCAAUGGAACAAACUGAGGAAUGCCUUAUUCGGUUACCAUAUGUGUGGGUAUGUGCAAUUGUUGAAAACUCCAAAGACCCUGGGAUGAUGUAUUGGAAAUCCAUGUUAAAAUAUGAUGAGCCAAUGUAUUGGCAGGAUUUUGAAGGUUUUAAUGUCAAAUUUUGGGCAUUACGCCUCAGUCUCUUUCGUUUAAUGGGAUAUGAGAAGAUUAAUUUGAAGACCCUUUGUAAGGGUGCAGAUUUCUCUCUUAGUUUUCCAGAUGUUGAAGUUGACUUACCUCAAGAAGAUAUCAAAUUGUAUAAAUUACUACAUCAAUACCCAGUCACUAAAACUUAUGAGAAUAAUCAAGUGAAAUAUGUAGAUAUAAUGGAAGUAAGAAAUGGUUAUAUCAACCUUGAUUUAUUGAAGAAUGAUAAUAUCAGGAGUUAUAUUGGUUGUGUAUUUCUUAAUGCAUCUGGGGCUCCCUUUGAUGCCUUUGGGUUUCUUAAUAAAAGCUCUGAGCCUGUGGGUGAAAUUUGCAUAGCUCAACAAUCAAAAUCAACCACCAUUUCUAAUGUUGUCAUCAACCAAGGCUUGUUCAAUAAUGAACAUGAAAAGGUUACCAAAGCUAUGAAUGUUGAGAAGAAAGAUUGGGCUUUAUUAUUCUUAACAAAUGCAGAUAAGAAAAACCUGUCUAUAGAUGAUAAACCAAAUAGUGCUUUGGUGUCUGUGGAAAAUUUUCAAAAGUUUUAUGGAUAUACUUAUACAAGUCGGGCACAAUUUGCAUCAGCAAAUGAAAAAAUAUAUCUCAAUAAUGCACCUAUUGAGUCACUUGUGAUUCUUGGCUUCAAUGAGAAUGAGAGGAUUAAAAUAUGUCUUAAACGCAAAGAAUGCACCUUCAAUGACCUAGAUGAUUUAAAGGAAAGGCUUAAAAUUGAUGAUGAAAGAUUUAAAAAGUUGAAAACUGAUAGGAUUUCUUUUAAUUAA